CAACUAGUGAUCAUUUAAUAUAUGGUCUUCUAAUGACAGAGGGUUGUUUCGAGUUGUUAAGCAACAGAGAUGAUCCCGCUGUGGCUAUUGCCAGUUUUCAUAUUGAUUCUUCAUCCGCAAUGCUCGCUGUUCAGAGCAGAGGGAGGAUGUCCAAGGAAUGAGAAUGGACAGCAGCAAAACUGGCGGUAUGCGGUCUACGAACGCAAGGAAAAAGGCAGGGCAUUGAAGAAUCACGUGUUCUCCUCAAGAAUUGUUCGAUCAGAAAUAGAGUGUUCUUUGACAUGCUUGCGCUACGAGAGGUGUGAAUCGUUUAACUAUCGAGACAAUAUUGUUGAAGGACCACACAUUUGCGAAUUGAAUGACCAGACGAGAUUGAAGAGGUUGCAUGAUGUACAACCAAGAAAUGGUUUCUCAUAUUACGACUCUGAAUUGAAACCCUGCUUAAACGUGAAAUGCCAAAAUGGUGGAACAUGCCAUCCAGUGUUGAACAGCAUAAUAGCUCCUUAUUGUUGCCAGUGUCACGAACGUUACGCUGGUGAUCUUUGCCAACAUCUAAAGGGUUUCCGUUUCACCAAUGGCAGUUCAGGAGAUCAUGUGUUAGUUUCAGUCGGCGUAAGCAUUCAGAUGACGUCAUUGACAGUUUGCCUCCGAUUUAAAGCCACUCCAAUGCAAUAUGAAGUUAGCACUCCUUUGUCAUACGUAACCAGUGAUUUCACCAGCGCUUUACAGCUUUACACAAAUGGGACCAUAAGAAUUUACAUCAACGAUCAAUUCAGUGAUUUUCCGUAUGUCCCUGUUUUGGAUAACACCUGGCAUCACGUGUGUUUCACGUGGGAAACAGCUGGAGGAAACGUCUCACUCUAUAUGGACGGCUUUCUGAUUGGAAAAAAGCAAAGUGUGAACCCGGGAAUGGUUUUCAACAGUUCAGGAUCUAUAGUGAUUGGGCAGUUGCAGAGACUGGUUGGCGGCGAAUUUCACAAGAAUGAAUCUUUCUUCGGAGAUAUUACGGAUGUGAAUAUGUGGAAAGCUGAGUUGUCAAUCAGCACUAUAACGAGGCUUUCACAGAGCUGCUAUAGUCACAUGGGUAGCUUGAUAAGCUGGUACGCAUUUCGAACUGGGACGGAGCAGUUCGUUAACGAGACAAACAGUAACUCUUCAGAAUGUCUGGGGCUUGAUCCCCAUUUCGGCUACGAUUUGGAAUUUCCAAGAAGAACAAACGAAGACUAUGUUUACGGCCCGACGCUCUCAGCUUUGUCAGCUUUUACUGUGAGUUUGUUUGUGAGCUUCACAGACAACGGCGACAAAACAUACUUCAACUACUACGCUAGUGGAGCUUACAAUGAAAUAUUUAUUCAUGAAAGGAAUAAGGAGUUUAUAGUUCGAAUAAAAGACGUAAAAAGGCAACAUGAUUUUGUCAUUCCACCGGACGGUACCUGGCACCACCUCGCCAUUACAUGGGAAAAUACGAAUGGUUCUUAUGAAAUAUUCCUGGAUGGUGUGACUUCUGGAAGUGGUAACGAAUUGGAAAAGGGACAAACGAUUCAUCCUAACGGAAGUGUUGUCAUUGGAAACGAUAAAGACCUAAAUGGUUUUCAGGCCAGAGAUGCUUAUGUGGGAAACAUUUCUCGAGUGAAUCUGUGGGAUUAUGUGCUGCCUCGAGAAACUAUUUUAUUGCUCUCCCAACGCUGUGGAAUGGAAAGUGGUAAUGAAGUAUCCUGGAGGGAUUUCAAGGAGGGACCUUAUCAUGGUGUGGUCAACAUCAAGGAACCUUCAUCCUGUCAAAAGCUUCAAUAAGAAAAGAGAGACUUAUAAAAAUUGAAAUGAGGACAUAAAAUUAUUCUAUGGGCCAUUGGUCAAUCUGAUGUUUGAUGUUUUUUGUAAAAAGUCCGGGCUUUUCAUACAGGAUCCGCAACGGAGAAACUAAGCUUAGAAUAGCUGCUUUUAUUCUAUCGAAGAGCUACAAAGUCCAGUUUUGGGAUAGGAGGAGGGAGAUAAGAUAGCUAGCCAAUCUCCUCACUCCUACUCGAUACACUGCGAUACACUUACAAUGGAACGCUUUUUCAUUGAGUGUCGUAAAACCAAAAUUAAUUUAAUGACAACGCUCAACAAAAGAACACCAAAGCAAAGAAAAUUUCGAGACAAGCCUGUGAGAACACUAUGAAAAAACAAGCUAAGGUAACAUGAUUUAUUUAGACCAAUCACAGAGCGAGACAGAGAACCUAAUUCAAAUUCGAAUCACUUUCGAUACUCGAUUUGAAAGUGCUCUAAUAUUUUCGCUUAAAGGAAUAGAUGAUCGCAAUAUAAAGUGGUAUAUUUUGUCAUCAUGUACGGCUCAUAAAUUUAUGACAACGAUUCACUUUUAUCCAUGGCAUUUUAAGGUGUUACUGAGUUUGUACAUGGUGUUGCAGGUUUCAGUUUGGUACUUUGUGUGUGGUGGGCAUACCCUACCCAAAUAAAACUGAAAUAAGGAAGUGUUUAAAGGCACCAUACCCCCCCUUCUCUGACUCUCUACAAAGAUGAAAAUCCUUAUCGCCAAGAAUUAAACUUUGAUUUAGUCUAUUACAAAACAGCAAUUGUGGAGUCCACCCUCUAUUGCUGAAUGAUAACUCAAACACUUUAUCACUGGCAUCAUUACGAUGCUGACGACUGCGCAGAUUCUUAGAACUGUUAUAUUGUUCGCAACUUUAUAACAAAUACUGAGUGACUGUGAUUGAUAUAGCAGUGAUUAAAC